AUGUGGCUGUGGGCUUUGCUUCCUGUCUGCCUGGCUGUUUUUGGCACUGUGGGCAUCUGGACUGUGUUUGCUGUAUCUGUGACGAACGGAUCAGUCAACCUCACAGAAGGAUUCCCUUACAUCAGCUACUGUGGUACUUUUCACCCUCAGAGCUGCCUCUUCUCCCAGAUCUGCAACAUCUGCUCUGUUUUAGCUCUGUGGGUUGUGGUGAUCCGUUUCCAGCAGGUUAUAGACUAUGGUCAUCAUGGAAAGGCCAACAUAGUCAGCAUCGUUUUGGGGUUCAUCUCUGCCAUAGGUAUCUCCCUCCUUGGUAACUUCCAGCAAUCGGUUGUAAGGAUUGUUCACCUGUUAGGAGCGUUCGUGGCGUUCUUCGUUGGCCUGGCCUACUUCUGGGUGCAGCUGUUUCUGACCUACAGAGCUCCGCCGUCUCAGGACCGAUGUUGGGUCGUGCCUGCCAGGGCGACCUGCUGCAUCCUUUGCACCGCUCUGGUCGUCGCUAGUAUCCUUCCU